CGCUGCUGAGAGGGCUUACUUUUUAUAUUAGCCACUGUGGCUUGUUCUGUGGCUGAUGGCUGCAGCGCGUUAGCUAACAUACCUUGUUUUCUGUCACUCACUCACGAACAAGAAUUGUUUUAUUUUCCCAUCAUCAUUUUAGGAGCAUCCUAAGUACCACUGUUUCGAUAAAAGAGCGCGGACAGGCCGCUGUACGCGAUAUGGGGGGAAACACAAGAUCGAAAUUAUGUCUGCAGCUGAAAUGAGCGCCGCUGUCCCCAACCAUCGAAGGACCAAGCCAGGAGGCAUAAAGCCCGGGGCUGUGACUAGUAGCAUGACUGGACCGACCUCCCAGAUUCCUGGUCUGUCCCAGAGUGCUGACGAAAGCACUCCCAUGGAGAGGACCACUGGACGGCGGGUUGGGAUAUUUGAGACGGACUCGGACUACACCAAGCUUGCAAAGCAGGGAGGACACAAAGGGCUGUUGAGUCAUGAUGUUGAUGUCGACGAUAAACCAUGGAAACCCUACAAUCCACCCAACUGGUUUGCAGAUGAUGAGUCAGAGAGGUAAGAACACUGGUUAGACAUCUUAAUAAG